CGUACUCUCUUUACACAGAUAGAAACAAUGUCUCAAAAGGUGGGAGCGAUGGGUGGUAACAAGGGAGUAGCAUUUGACGAUGGUGUUUUCGAUGGUGUUAAGAAAGUUACUGUUGGAAAAGAUUUUCGCAAUGUGAACUAUAUCAAGAUCGAAUACGAAAAGGAGGGAAAAUUCGAAAUCCGUGAGCACGGUACAAAUCGUGGUCGAUUACAAGAGUUUUCAGUGGAUUAUCCGAGUGAAUAUAUCAUAGCCGUUGGUGGAAGCUAUGAUGAUAUUUUUAGUUAUGGAGCAGCGUUGAUCAAAUCAUUACUCUUCAAAACCUCUUAUGGAAGAACAUCUCCCAUACUCGGUCAUACGACGUUAUUAGGAAAUCCAGCUGGGAAAGAAUUCAUGCUCGAGGGUAAAAAUGGAGGAAAAUUUCUUGGUUUCCAUGGGCGUUCUGGUGAAGCUCUUGAUGCCAUUGGACCUUACUUCUCUGCUGUGGAUUCGUCUCUUAAGCAAUUUAAACUUCAAGGUGGGGAUGGAGGGUUUGCUUGGGACGAUGGUGCUUUUGAUGGUGUUAGAAAAGUGAUCGUUGGACUAAAUGGUAAGAGUGUGGGUUAUGUAAGGUUUGAGUAUGCGAAAGGCCAAAGAACCGUACCGCAUGCUCAUGGACAUAAACAAGAAGCUCCACAAGAGUUUGUGGUGGAUUAUCCUAAUGAGCAUAUUACAUCAGUGGAGGGAACAAUCGAUGGUUACCUAACGUCUCUUACGUUUAAGACAUCAGAAGGAAGAACCUCCCCUGCUUUUGGGACUGUGGUUGGUAGUAGAUUUGUGUUUGAGGAAACAGGUUUUAAACUUGUUGGUAUUUAUGGUCGGUCCGGUAAUGUUAUUGAUGCUCUUGGUGCAUAUUUUGCCCCUCUUCCCACCGCUCCGACUCCGGCUGCCGUUCCAGUUCCUGCUCCCACUCCCACUCCCAUUCCAGUUCCAGUUCCUGCUCCAACCUCAUCCUCUUCUUCCUCUCUUACUCCUCCUCCCAAAAAAGUUGAAGCUCAAGGAGGAAAUGGUGGAGAAACAUUUGACGAUGGUGCUUUCGAUGCUGUAAGAAAAGUUUAUGUUGGUCAAGGCGAUUCGGGUGUUUCUUAUAUCAAGUUCGAAUACGAAAAAAAUGGCAAAAGAGAAACACGCGAGCACGGGAAAAUGACUUUGCUAGGAACAGAAGAGUUUGAGGUUGAUUCGGAUGACUACAUCACAUCUGUUGAGUGUUACUAUGAGAAAGUCUUUGGCACACCAACUGAUAUCAUAACAUCUCUUAUCUUCAAAACAUUAAAAGGCAUUACCUCUCAGCCUUUUGGAAUGGUGUCCGGCGACAAAUCUAUACUCGAAGGAGGAAAAAUCGUUGGGUUUCAUGGACGAGCAAGCAACGUUCUCCAUUCUUUAGGAGCAUAUAUAUCUCCCUCUUCUACUCUGGCAACUCCAAACUCCUUAAAACUUCCAGCACAAGGCGGAAACGGAGGAGUUUCUUGGGACGAUGGUGUUCAUGAUAAUGUGAGGAAGGUUUACGUAGGACAAGGCGAUUCUGGUGUUGCCUUUGUCAAGUUUGAAUACAACAAAGGAUCGGAGUUUUUCGCCGGAGAUGGUCACGGGAAAAAGUCAUUGCUCGGAACAGAGGAGGUAAUUAAUUACAUAGUUGUGAUUUCUAGAUACAUGCAUUAUCAGGAUGAUUACAUUACAUCUGUGAAGGUUUACUACGAGAAACUCUAUGGCUUGAAAACAGAUAUUAUAACGGCUCUUAUAUUCAAGACAUUCAAGGGAAUAACCUCUCAGCCGUUUGGGAUGACGUCAGGUGAUUUCUUCUUGCUCGAAGGCGGAAAAAUCACCGGCUUUCAUGGAAGUUCGACCGACGUUCUUCAUUCCAUCGGAGCUUAUAUGUCUCUUUCUUUUACUCCCAUGUUGCGUGGCAAGUGGAUCAAGGUGGAGCAAAAGUCAAAUGAACCUGGACCAAGAUGCUCGCACGCUAUAGCCAUGGUUGGAGACAAAAUGUACUCUUUCGGAGGAGAGUUAACGCCAAAUUUUCACAUCGAUCAACAUCUCUACGUCUUCGAUUUCAAGACUCACACAUGGUCACUUGCUCCUCCAAACGGCGACGUUCCUGACCUCCCUUGCUUAGGCGUUUGCAUGGUAGCCACUGGCACCAACCUCUACGUCUUUGGUGGCCGUGAUGGCCACCGUAAUUACAACGGUUUCUACUCUUACGACACGGUUAAAAGCGAGUGGAAACUCAUAACUCACGUUGAUAAAGGACCUGCACCGCGUAGUUUCCACGCGAUGGCUACUGAUGACAAAAAUGUUUAUGUUUUUGGUGGAGUGAGUACUACAACACGAGUCAAUACACUUCAUGCUUAUAACAUCGUUGGUCAAAAUUGGACUCAGCUCCCGAAUCCUGGCGAGUCUUGCAAAGCGAGAGGAGGACCAGGGCUCGUAGUUGUGCAGGGGAAAAUUUGGGUUGUGUAUGGAUUUAACGGGGAUGAAGUAGAUGAUGUCCAUUGCUAUGAUCCUGCUGAAGCCGAAGGUAAGUGGACUAAAGUGGAGACAAGCGUUGAAAAGCCAUGGGGGAGGAGCGUAUUUUCGAUAGCGGUUUCGGGGAAAUAUAUAAUUAUAUCUGGAGGUGAGAUUGAUAUGGACCCAAAGGCUCAUUUGGGACCAGGGAAAUUGACCGGUGGGGCUUUCUUGUUGGACACGGAAAGUUUGAUGUGGGAGAAGCUGGAGGAUGGUCAUAGUCCACGUGGAUGGUGCGCGUCCACGACUGCUUGCAUUGAUGGAAAGACAGGUUUGUUGAUGUAUGGAGGCAAGUCUCCAACCAAUGGUCGUUAUGAUGACGUCCUAUUCUAUGGAUAGGCUCUGAUUAAGACAGUUGAGAUAUCAGUGUUGGUGAGUUUCGUAAGUCUGGUAUGUUGCAACAUAUUAAGGAGGGAUUUGGUUUGUGAGACUUAAAGACUCUUGCUUGGAUUGUCAACAUUUUGUGUG